CUCUUUGCUGGCCUGGCCAGCUACUAUGCGAAUUGAAGCUCUCAGCACCCUCGUCGCGGUGGUUUGGCUGACCGCAGUCCUGUGCCCACGGCUUACUGCCGCCAACAAUCUGACUUUAUCCUCCUCCUCUCGAAGGCCCAGGGAAGAGCCUUUCAGAGGACAUAUUUCUCGCUGGGCAGAACCACUAGAGGAGUCGACGAACAAGCGGAUGACAUACCGGGAGAUGCAGAUGAUCCUGCGUCAAGAAGGCGAGGACGGCCGCCCGGUCGACUGCUGUCCUACGAUAGAGGAAAUGGUAGAACCGUUUGGCGGUCGAACUCGAGAAGACAUGUACGUCGAGCUUUACAGGGACGGCGAGAACGUCCAGAGAUUCUUCGAGUACUCCUGUAGGCUAGACGUCGUCGGCAAGCCGUGUAGAUUCGUCGAUCGGAAGUUCAGCAACCGGUCCAUAUGCGUACAAAAGCACUCGUAUACGUACGCUAUUAUCAAGAGUCCUGGAUCGAAGAUUGGAACGGAGGAGCACAGAAGGCACCACCACAGGGAACGCCAUCAUUUUCCCGCGUUUUCCGGUAACACCGUGAUCGGAUCCGAAUGGACGUUGGACUACAUCAGAGUACGAAGUGGGUGCAGCUGCGAAAUCAUGCCGAAGCCGAAGAAGAAGAAAAUCGCGGCGACGAAAACGAAGAAAACGAAGAGCAAACAACGCCAACCAAGGGACCAAGAGUUGGACUUUGAAACGUGA